UCUGGACGGAAUGAGUCCCAGUGAUUUGAAUGGAAUCCAUUCGCGUUUGUCUGUCUCCAGGACGGAGAAGACGGCGCGGAUUCCGGAAGCAGAGUGGCCGAACUUACGGAUUGAUGUAUCCCUAAAUAAAGCGAGCACGACUCGUCCGGUUGUGCUGUCGAUUGCAGUCGGUAGCCUGUGUCUAGAGUCUACAUUGAACUAUCUGUUGGUCUUGGAGCCGGGCCAAUCGCCGUGGAAAAAGUAGGGGGUGAGAAUAAGAUUGAUGCUAUGCAGCCAAUGUCUCUAAUGUGCAAAAUAAUCGCCGGCCGAAGGAAUUUUCGCGAAAAAGAAGAACACUAACUCGAGAAGAAUACCAACUCAGGAAGAAUACUACCUCGAUAACUGAAACGAUACGAAGAGAGAGGAAACACAACGAGAAGAAGUGAUCUUCUUUUUCGAUGUGAUUCACUACGUCAGACUGAAAUAUUGACCUGGAACAUGGAUAACUUCUAUUGAAAGUGGCACUAGGCCAAAGAUAAUAAUCUUAAACGGACGGUGCCAUCUUGUGUGGCAUCUUUGUUCGCGAUUGCACGUAAACGAGCGAACAGUAUCGCGGUCUACGACUAUUUAUUGGACAAAGUUUAUUUGCACAGCGGACGUUGCAACUUAAAAUCAUACGCGUCGACACUGUUCCCCAGACGGGGAGUUGCACGACCGCUGCGGCCCCGUUUGUUUGAACUGGCAAAAUUAUUGAACUUUCAGGUCACUAACUGUUACCGACGGCCGAGAACGAUAAAAACGUCUGAAUGUCGCCGAUAAUUCCCCCUGACUGUCAGAACUUCGCAGCUUAACCAGUCAAAUUCUGCCAAGUUCCUCCACAGAUUGACAUCCAUCGAUUGACAUCCAUCAAUAAAUAAGAUGGAACUAUUAUUCAACGAAUGAUACACAGAGAUAUAAAUGAAGGAGUAAUAUUCAACCAUUCAAUAUUUCGAUAAUCUCUGAAAAAGAUAUGUUCAAGAUAUGAGUCAGUCAGAAACAUCGGGAUUGAACCAAUAUGUAUCAAAUUUGACCUUAAGAAAUUCAAAGUAGAAAAUAACAACGACGUUUUCUAUGGAGCGGCCUGACUACAAAAAAUUUCGACGCGAAAUUUAAUUAUAAUACACGUGACUCAUGAAGUAUUCACCGGAAUCCCGUUAGAUCGAGAUGAGAAAUGGGAGAUAUAAAAAGUCUACAAUAUCAUCGAUUCAGAAAUAAAAUCGCCGUUUAAAAAUAAGAAGAGAAUAUGGAUCAAUAUCUUACGACGUACAAGAAAGAUUAUUCAUGGCCUACGACGAGGUACAAACAUCGGAUAGCUUUGCUCAAAGAAUAUGAUUCUUGUAAAUGCCAUGAUCGUCCAUCGGAGGUGAAGCCCCUUGUACGAUGCGGUGACGAUUACGAUUGGAGUCGCACGGGUCCGAUGGGAAGACUUCUGGACCCGAAACUUCAUCCUGCAAAAACUGGACCGCAUCCAGAAACUGAAGCCACGAGAUUCGAUCAACCGGCCACGUACAUGAGAAAGAGUAUUCCUAUCGACGAGGUGAUUAAACGCGACGAAGAUCGACUCAAGACAACGUAUCAGUUGGAUUACUCUGAGAAAGCAACCGCACUAAUGGAUAAACCAUUUACGGAACCUUGCGUUACCAAACAAGAAGAAGUAAAAGACAUAGAUUGUCGACCCUCUGCCAAAGUUAAACUAUUGAAAAUAACCAGUCAAGUUGAUAAAGACAGAACAGAUAAGAAGAAAGUGAGUAAAGCCGAAGACGAAUCGCAGGAAACGCGACUUCUUCCAUGGCGAUCGGAAUAUCAAGAUACUGUCAACAAAUUAGGUCACUCCAUUAUGAAAUAUAAGAUUCAUCAUUCAUCGAGCACAAUUACGCGCCCGCUAUUUUGUAAAAAUUAAUUGUGUUCAAUAAACA